ACAGCUGCAGGGGCUGACUCACCAGCGAACAGGCGAUGCCAUGAGGUCAGGGAGGCCCUUCCUCUCCCACGGCCGUUCGCUCCCGGUGCUGCUCCUGGCGCUGCUCCUGGCUGACUGUCUUGGCAAGGAUCCAGUUUUCCACCCGGAGUGGGGCUUUGAUUCCUAUGAAGUCACCAUCCCCAAGAAGCUGAGCUUCCGACAAGAGCAGCAGGGUGUGGCCAAGCACGUGUCCUACCUCCUGCAGGUAAAAGGCAAGAACCAUGUCCUCCACCUGUGGCCCAAGAGGUUUCUAUUAGCCCGAAAUCUGCAGGUUUUCUCCUUCACGGAGCAGGGGCAGCUCUGGGAGGAUCACCCUUAUGUACCCAGCGACUGCAACUAUAUGGGCUUGGUUGAAGGAAAUCAGGAUUCCGAGGCUACUUUAAGCACAUGCACGGGGGGGCUCCGAGGCAUACUGCAAAUCGAUGCCAGGCAUUAUCAAAUCGAGCCCCUCAGGGCUUCUUCCAGGUUUGAACAUGUGGUGUAUCUCCUGAAGAAAGAGCAGGCAUUUCCCAGUCAGAUCUGUGGCUUAAGUCAUGACGACACAGUAAAGCAGAUGGCCCAGCAGGAGAACGUGGCUAGGAUAAGCGACCUCACUGAGUCUUACAUGCACCAGAAGUACUUGGAAUUAGCCCUGGUCUUUGAUCACAGUAGGUAUUUGUACCUGAACUCCAAUCUUACUCUAGUCGUGAAUGACGCCAUUCUUCUGACUGCGAUCGCAGACUCUUACUUUCAAGAUGUCCGUAUGAGAAUACAUCUAUUUGGUGUGGAAGUAUGGACAGAUGAAAACAAAAUAAAAGUGACUUUUUCAAAGUUAGACCAAGUUUUAGGCCAAUUUAUGGUAUACAGAACAAGUGUACUAAAUGCUCGAUUUCCAGUAGAUUGGGUACAUCUAUACAUUAAACAAACUUAUACAGAUUUUCUUGCACAAUCCUGGGGAACUGUGUGUAGUACGUUUUAUGCUGGAUCUGCAAGUGUUUUUCUAGAUAUGAAUGUCCUCACACCUGCCACUUGGACUGCUCAUGUAUUGGGCCAUAGUGUGGGAAUGAACCAUGAUGCAGAAUAUUGCCAGUGUAAGGGUAGGCAUAAUUGCAUCAUGGGCACUGGACGAACUGGGUUUAGUAACUGUAGUUAUGCUGAGUUUUUUGCACACGUCCAUUCAGGAGCAAAGUGUCUAACUAAUAUCCCAGGAAUAGGCUUUGUGGUUAAAAGAUGUGGAAACAAAAUUGUGGAAGAGGAUGAGGAAUGUGACUGCGGUUCAGGAGAGGACUGUAAAACAGACCAGUGUUGUCAACCAGAUUGUAAAUUCAAACAAGGUGCCAAUUGUAGCACUGGACUUUGCUGUCAUAACUGUCACUUUCGUCCAUCUGGUUACAUGUGUCGGAAGGAGGAAAAUGAAUGUGACCUCGCAGAGUACUGCAGUGGGACCUCAGGGCUCUGCCCAAGUGACACUUACAAGCAGGAUGGAACCCCUUGCAAGUACGAAGCCCGUUGUGUCAAAAAGGGCUGCCAGGCCAGAUAUAUGCAGUGCCAAAGCAUUUUUGGACCUGAUGCCAUGGAGGCUCCUCUUCAGUGCUAUGAUGUCCUUAACGUAAUAGGUGACCAGUAUGGGAACUGUGGUGUUUCAGGAGUCCGUGAAUAUCGGAAGUGUACCAGGAAAAAUAUAUUAUGUGGCAGGAUACAGUGUAUAAAUGUCAACACCAUCCCUGAUAUGCCAGAUCAUACUCUUCUAAUUUCCACUCAUCUACAGGAGGAAAACCUCAUGUGCUGGGGCAUAGGCUACCAUUUGUCCAUGGUAGCUAUGGGGAUACCUGACCUGGGAGUGGUAAAUGAUGGGACCUCCUGUGGUACGGACAAGAUAUGUUUUAACAGAAAUUGCGUGAAUAGCUCAGUCCUGAAGUUUGACUGUUUGCCUGACAAGUGCAACCGCCGAGGCGUUUGCAACAAUAAAAAAAACUGCCACUGCAUGUAUGGCUGGGCCCCUCCCUUCUGUGAGGAGGUAGGGUAUGGAGGAAGCAUUGACAGUGGGCCACCGGGACCUCUAAAACAGGGGGUGCCCACCUCAAUUCAGGUCGUGUCCCUUUCAUUAGUACGCCUUAUUUUGUUAAUUAUCUCAGUGAUUGUUGUGUUUUUCAGGAAAAUCUUAGGAAAGUAUAAACCCAAAGAGAAAGAAACACCACGAAUUAACACUGGAGUAGAACAAUUCAAGGCAAAAAAUGUCAAGAAACCAAAAAACAAUCAGUCAAUGCACAGUCACUCUGUAACCCAGGGUCAUAAACUGAACGAGCUUCUCAUUUAUCCUAACAGCUCUUCCUUCUUCCCUCAAUUCUUUAAUCGAAUUUUCUUUGAGGUUUUGAUCAGCAAAUAA